UUUACAUGUUUUAUGGAAAUAGAAUAGAUUGACAAUGUGUUUAACAGAAAUAUUUCGAAAUACUAUUUUCGUGGAAAUUUGUCCAUUCCUGAGGGUUUCACGUCGAAGAAAAAACUGCAAUGUGAAACGUAUUUCGGACGAAAAUCAGUUCGUUAUACCAUGUGAUUUGCAGGAAUAUAUAACAGUGAAAAAGGCCAGACUGAUAGGACCAUCAGAGCGUUUCAACACAUAUGUAACUUUAAAAUUACAAAAUGUCAAGUCAACCACAAUUCAAGUAAAGGGCAAUAACCCAUGUUGGGAGCAGGAUUUCAUGUUUGAAACCAUGAGGUUGGACUCUGGGUUGGUGAUAGAAGUUUGGAACAAAGGAAUGCUAUGGGAUAAACUGUUAGGGUUACACUGGUUGCCACUUGGGAAAGUCAGACACUCAAAUACGGAAGGUGAUGGGCAGUGGUUGUCUUUAGACAGUGAAAUUAUUAUGCACAAUGGAGAGGUUCGAGGAACAAGAUACCCAACAGGCCACAGUAUACUUAUAGAUGCAAGAUUUGAAUUACCUAAUGAUUUUGUUGCAGAUCUACCAGAAUCAGAGGCAGCAGAAUUACAAAAUAAACUGGAAUAUUUCAACUCAAUUUUAGCUCAAGAGAUGAUUGAAUUACAACGACAAAGACAUCAACAUUCAUCAUCCAUACAAUCUGGCCAAUCAGAAGAUAGUGAUUAUACAAGUGAAAUGAGUUACCCCCAACAGCUGAAUGCACACAACAUACCCGCACGACAGAUCAGGAAUGCCCCAAUGCCAUCUGAUAUGUCUCACCUUCAUGGGCAAGAAUAUUAUACUGAAUAUGAUCCUUAUCAAGACUCUUUUGAAAGGGGUGAAUCGUUUGACCGUGUCGAAUCGUUUGAUCAUAACGGAUCAUUUGAACGUGGUGAAUCAUUUGACAGGUAUGGUUCACCAGAUAGGGAUGAAUAUGAACGUGAAAAUACAUUUGAACAAGACUCUUUUGAUCAGGAAUUAUCUGUGGAGCAAGAAGAGUCGGAUUCUGUACGGAAUUAUCGCCAAGACAGUCAGGAUUUUGAUCAUUAUAAGCCUGACGAAUAUAAACACGAAGAAUAUAAACAUGAGGAUUAUAAACGGGAUGAUUUUAAAAAUGACGAUUAUAAACCUGACGAUUUUAAACAAAGAACUGACUACUAUCAGGAAGGCCCUUUUCAACAUAUACGUAGUGAUACGGACUCAGAACCAUUAUCAUACAACAGUCGUCCACCGGGAAAGAUGAAACAACAUCAUUCAUACAUCAGUGAAGGGAGCCCAAUGCACAGCCGUGAUUCCUUAACUAACACUACUAACAUCAGUCGUCAUAGUACACAGGACUAUAGCCCUGUUAACAGUACAAGAUCAUCAACCAACAUCAGCCGAGGGAGUACACAAGAAGUUAGUGAUGGACAGGACUUAUAUGAAACACAAAUGAAUCCUGACUAUUCCUCACCAGCAAGGUCUAAGUGGAUAGAUGCAGUGAACCGUGUCAGAGAAAAACUUCAAGAGACGAGUUCCAUGGAGGGUGACAUUAUUAGUGAUGAAGGAAGAGAAAGGCCUUGGCCACAUGUAAAUGGAGGACCGAAUAACAACGAAUUUUACAAGAACAUAGACAGUAUGCCUGAAAUCAAACCGAGAAGUAAGAAAUCUGGUGUCCUAGUUAGUGACCUUAUAACACCAGGAACUCUACGCUUUUUAGAUCGUUCUAGGACAAUGGCUGCUUCGAAGAGAAAUGCUGGUGUUCCCUCUGCGAUGGUAGCUAGACAGUCACUCAAAGAUGAUGAGUUGAAAAUGCAUGUUUACAAGAAGACAUUACAAGCCUUAAUCUACCCGAUCUCUAGUACAACACCUCAUCAUUUUGUAGUGUGGACAGCAACCUCUCCGACAUACUGUUUCGAAUGUGAGGGGUUACUGUGGGGAAUGGUGCGACAGGGGGUCAGGUGUACAGAAUGUGGGGUCAAAUGUCACGAGAAAUGUAAAGAUUUAUUAAACGCUGAUUGUCUACAGAAAAAACAAAUAGACAUAGACAAAUUUUUGGCAGUUAUAGGAGCUGCUGAGAAAAGUUCUAAACAUGGUGCUGAAGAUAAAACACAAAACAUAAUAAGUGCAAUGAAAGAUCGUAUGAAAAUACGGGAGAGAGUUAAACCAGAAAUAUUUGAAUUAAUAAGGCAAGUUUUUGGAGUUGACAAAAAAUCCCAUACAGGUCACAUGAAGGCAGUCAAACAAAGUGUACUUGAUGGAACUUCAAAAUGGUCUGCCAAAAUUGCCAUCACGGUAAAAUGUGCCCAAGGUUUGAUUGGUAAAGAUAAAACAGGUACAAGUGAUCCCUAUGUCACAGUUCAAGUUGGCAAAGUGAAGAAACGUACAAAAACAGUACCACAGGACCUGAAUCCAAUCUGGAAUGAAAAAUUUUAUUUUGAGUGCCAUAAUUCCUCAGACAGAAUAAAAGUUAGAGUGUGGGAUGAGGAUGAUGACAUCAAAUCAAAGCUGAGACAAAAAUUUACGAGAGAAUCAGAUGAUUUUUUGGGUCAAACAAUUAUUGACGUGACUACUUUGAGUGGGGAAAUGGAUGUAUGGUAUAAUUUAGAAAAGAGAACUGACAAAUCAGCUGUUUCUGGUGCUAUACGUUUACACAUUAGUGUAGAAAUUAAAGGAGAGGAGAAAGUUGCUCCCUACCAUGUACAGUAUACAUGUCUACACGAGAAUCUAUUCCAUUAUCUUUGUGAGCAGUCAGGAGGUGUGGUCAAACUUCCAGAUGCCAAGGGGGAUGAAGCUUGGAAGGUUUACUUUGAUGAGCCAGCACAAGAAAUUGUAGAUGAAUUUGCUAUGAGAUAUGGAAUAGAAUCUAUAUACCAAGCAAUGACGCAUUUUUCCUGUCUUUCCACAAAGUACAUGUGUCCUGGCGUGCCUGCUGUUAUGAGUACAUUACUUGCCAAUAUCAACGCCUUCUAUGCACACACUACAGCCUCUACUGCUGUGUCAGCAAGUGAUAGAUUUGCUGCUUCAAACUUUGGGAAAGAAAAGUUUGUGAAGUUGUUGGACCAGUUGCACAAUUCUCUCAGGAUAGAUUUAUCUAUGUACAGGAACAAUUUCCCAGCAUCUGACCAGGCUAGGCUACAAGAUUUAAAAUCUACUGUAGAUUUGCUCACUAGUAUAACUUUCUUUAGAAUGAAGGUUAAUACUGCUGUUCAAGAAUUACCAAGUCCUCCACGGGCCAGUACUGUAGUAAAAGACUGUGUUAUAGCAUGUAUAAAGUCUACAUACCAGUUCUUAUUUGACAAUUGCUACGAACUGUAUCAGCGAGAAUUUCAAGAGGGUAAUGCCUCAGAAAGUGUUAAUAUAGACCAAGAAGGUCCCAGUGCUCAUAGUUUAGAAUUCUGGCGGAAAUUAAUUGCUUUAAUUGUGUCUGUGAUAGAGGAAGAUAGAAAAUGUUAUACACCUGUAUUAAAUCAAUUUCCCUCAGAAUUAAAUGUUGGACAAGUCAGUGCCUCUAACAUGUGGACUUUAUUUGCACAAGAUGCUUGCUAUGCAUUACAAGUUCAUGAAAAAGAGAGAACAUGUAAAAGUUCAGAAUACAUGAAUCUCCACUUCCAAGUUAAACAGUUGUAUAAUAAAUAUGUUAAUGAUGUGCCUCAGUUUAAAGGAGAUAUCCCAGAAUAUCCUAAGUGGUUUGUUCCAUUUGUGCUACAGUGGUUAAAUGAAAAUGAUGAUGUCUCCAUGGAAUAUUUACAUGGUGCUUAUGAUAGAGACAAGAAAGAUGACUUCCAGAAGAGUGCUGAGCAUGCAUUAUUUUCCUCAUCGGUCGUAGAUGUAUUUACACAGUUGAAUCAAUGCUCUGAUGUCAUCAAAAAAUUAGAAUGUCCUGAUCCAGACAUUGUUAAAAUUUACAUGCAGAGAUUUGCUAAUACUGUAAAUAAAGUACUCCUAGCCUAUGCAGACAUUGUUAGUAGAGAUUUUGACAAGUAUACACACAGACAGAAAGAAGCCUGUACUUUAAUGAACAAUAUCCAACAGUUGAGGGUACAGUUAGAAAAAGUGUUUGAAUCUAUGGGAGGAGAAAAGUUGGAUGAAUCAGCAGCACAGAUUUUAAAUGAACUUCAGCAGAAACUAAAUACUGUGUUGGAUAAUUUAGCAACAACUUUUGCCAAAAGUUUGGAAUCACAAAUUCAGCAGAGCAUGCAGGAACUUGGUGCUUUAUUGGCCAAAGUAAAGGGGGCAGGGCAGGUCUCCCUGGCUCAACCCAGUCAGCGAAAUAACAUUCAGCAAGAAAGUUACACGGUGCUACGACCCUUAAUGGAUGUGUUAGACAGCAGCUUACAACUGUUUGCCAGAGUGUGUGAAAAGACUGUGCUGAAAAGAUUACUCAAGGAGUUAUGGAGAAUAGUAGUUUAUACGAUGGAGAAAAUAGUUGUGCUUCCUCCCCUCUCUGAUCCAAGACAGCUUAUACCCUUGCCUGGGACAGCACAGGCUAAGAUUGAAGAUGUCUCUCGCCUUUUCCUAAACCAUGUCAGCCAAAUGCCCAUGAAUGUGCCUAUGAUCCAGGAUAUGUCAAAAGAGGCAGAGAAGAAUUUAAGUCCUAAACAGUGUGCUGUGUUGGACAUGGCCUUGGAUACAAUCAAGCAAUUCUUCCAUGCUGGUGGGCAGGGUCUUAAGAAGACGUUCCUUGACAAGUCCCCUGAAUUACAGUCCCUCAGAUAUGCUCUGUCAUUAUAUACUCAAACUACAGAUACUUUGAUAAAAACAUUUGUCAGUACACAAACUUCACAGGACGAACUUGGCAAUAAGGAUCCUGUCGGUGAAGUGUCAAUCCAAGUAGAUCUCAUAACCCAUCCAGGAACAGGGGAACAUAAAGUUACAGUUAAAGUUGUGGCAGCCAAUGACCUUAAAUGGCAGACAUCAUCAAUGUUCCGACCUUUUGUGGAGGUCAUCAUUAUAGGUCCUCAUUUGAGUGACAAACGUAGAAAACAUUCCACAAAAUCAAAAAGUAACAACUGGUCGCCAAAGUUUAAUGAAACAUUUCAAUUCAUCCUUGGAAAUGAGGAUGAGCCAGAUGCAUAUGAACUCCAUAUUUGUGUUAAAGACUAUUGUUUUGCCAGAGAAGAUCGACUGAUUGGUGUAGCAGUCAUGCAGUUAAAAAACAUUAUCGAACAAGGAAGCUGUGCUUGUUGGUGCUCCUUAUGUCCCAGAAUUCAUUUAGACGAGACAGGAUGGACUAUUUUGCGUAUUUUAUCUCAGAGAACGAACGAUGAAGUUGCCAAAGAAUUUGUGAAAUUAAAGUCAGAAGUAAGGCAUGCAGAGGAGGUAAAAUGAUGAUCCUUACAUCAUGUCUAUAUAUAGAUUCUAUUCUGGUUCGGGACUCAUGCUGGUAAUAGUUUGAACACUACUUAGAAGGUAUACUGGUUCUGUUGAGGUUGUUUUCUAAAAGUGCUUGCUGGAGGUUAAAAUAUCAGUACAGGAGUAAUGGAAGACAGGUGGUUUUGGGAGAGGGUACCAGAAAGUGAAUCCAGUUGUGUAAUUCUAGUUGUGUUAAGCAUUUGUGAAGAUCAUGGUUCAUGGUAAAUUCUGCUUCCAGUUUUCAUUACUAACAAUCAAACUUUUAUUCAUUGUAACAUAUAAAAAAACAUAUUAAAAAAAAAAAGAAUUAAUAUAAUAUUACUUCUUGUUUUCACUCAAGAUUUUCAACAUGCGUCUUUGCAAAUGCUUUCACACAAUUUUGUAAAAUGCUCAAAACUUUCAAAGUUGUGUAAUAUAUAUAUAUAUAUAUGUAUAGAAUUUUUUUAUACAUUUCUACUGUUAAGUUUCUAGGUUUUAAACAAGUUGUAGUGCAAUGUCGAAUGUGAUAUUGGUUCGUCAAGCUUUAAUUUUUGUUGGAUUUUUCGUCUUAUUAUUUUGUCAACUAAAAUUUAAGUCAUUUGUGUCUUAAUCAGAUGAACUUAUCCCCUCAAAACUGUUAACUUAAGGACAUUUUAUUUACAUUAACAUAUGAAUAGUGUUAAAUUGCUAUAUAUAUAGUACAAACAUAAGUAAUAUUCUCUGCCAUUUACAGGUCUAUUAUCAAAGUUACAGGAAGAAUUAUGUUAAUUGCUUUUUGUUGUCAGUAAACAUUACACAAACAAGUAAACUAAAUUUCUAUGUGAAAAAAUUAGUUAACUAGGAAAUGAUGUAAAACUGUUACCUAUCCAAACAUGAUGGAUUUUACUCUAGAAAAGCAUUUAAACAGUGAGUUAAGAAAAUUUUGCUUCUAAAUCAGUUUAUUAUUAUAUUUAAGAGUAAAUUAUAUUACUUUUUUGCGAGUUACUGUGUAACCAAAUCAGUUAUUAAAAUUUAUCUACAAGUUAGUAAAUUAUUAAAUUGUUUUUGUUAACAUAAGACAAGCUAGUUUUUGUUUUUUGGUUUUUUUUGUCUUGAUAGAAAUCCUUUCAAAUCCUCAGUUCAUCCUAUUCGACUCUCUGUGAUACUAGUUAUAAUAUCUGUCAGAUAAAUAUUUUAUAAUUGUUUAAACAAGUAAAAUAUUCUAUUAGAGUUAAUAUAUAGUUGGAUAAAAUAAAUUUACCUUAUUAAAGUGAAAUAUUUUGAUAUACUUAUGGUAAUUUUGUUUUCAUUCUGAUUUAUAGUGUUUUCUAUAUUAAAUUGAACUGAAUAUUAAACAAGUGAACACUGUUAUAAUCAAUAAAUUAUAUUGAUCUGUCUGGGACUAUGAACAAAAAUAUCAUUUGAACUAUUUCAAUACUUUCAAACUGUGACAUGAACAAUUAUCUAAGUGAGAGAAAAAAAAUGAUUAUAAAUCAAAAUUUUGUUGAUUUCUUAUUAUGUUGAUUUUUAAAACAACCACAGGUUGAAAAAUAUCUUUAUUAAAGCAUUUAGUUGUAUGAGCGGGUAUGUCUAUAAGUCUUUCUAUAAAAAGGUUGUUAUUAUUAUUUAUUUGUAAAGUUAUGUUGUAUAUAUAUAUACUGAUGUUGAUUCCUGUAAAAUAGAUUCCAUAUAAAAUCAAAUUCCAGAUGUACAUUCCUAUUGAUUUAUUCUUGAGUUUACAGCUAUUAUUUACAUAUAAACUUAUGGGGUUUCAAUUAACAGUACUUAACCUGCAGAGUUUAUAAUACACCUUAUCGCUAUUAGCCUACUCGGCCAGCUGACGCGGCGGCUCGACCUUUUGACGCAUACAACAAUCACUUUUCCAUUGUGGCGUCAGAUAUUUUGUUAUAUACUGCAGCUGUGCUAUUUGAGCAGUCAAAUUGCGUUGACCAUAUAUUCAUAUGUCAUAUACAGUCACUGACCGUAUAUCACCUUGUUUAUGACGUGGACAAUGCGUUUCCGUAGAGUUUUAUUUAUGACGUCAAUAAAACAUACAGGUUCGCGGAAAUUUUACGUCGUCCGCUUCAAAUUUAAAAAUGAUGUUUUUUACCCUAAAUAGAACAGUUUUAAGAGCUGCAGCAUAUAAAGAAUAACCAUACAUUGUCUCGAAAUAUCAAUCGGUUAUUUGUACUCGGCUGGAAACAGGUAAAAAUGCUCGGCACAGCCUCACUUUUACCUGUUUCUAAGCCUCGUACAAAUAACAUUGAUAUUUCGAGACAAUGUAUGGUUAUUCUAUAUUUAUGACGUCAAAAUUUUACGGGAAUCUGUGUGAUAUCCAGUAAUGGCAGACAAAUAGCGAUAAGGUGUAUGAAAACAGUUGGUAGUUGAUCAUAUAAAAUUGAUGAAUAAAAAAAGUUACAUUACCGCUUUAAUCCAUUUCUAAAAUCCAUAAAAAUACUUCUUUUGGUAUUUUUUUCUUUGUAUUUUAUCUCUAGAGUAUGAACCAUGAAUUCUAUGUUUAUUAUUCAGUAUGGAAUGUUAUGUUAAAACUUACAAAUAUUAUUCAAUUUUAUGAAGUUUGUAAGCACACAAAAGAUUAUACAUUCAAUUUGUUGAAAGGUUUCCUUGCAUUGUAAUUGACAAGAUGAUCUCUGAACUGUUGAUGGGUAUCAUGGUUGAAAAUGUAUCCAAAAUCCAUCAAUGUAUACUAGACAUAGAAUUACAUAUAUUAUAUAUAAAUUCAUACCUGCCAACUUUUCAAAAUGCCCAUGGGUGUUUUGCGUUUAAGAUGGCUGUCAUAGUCCUAAAAAAUCUUCAAGGGGGCCUUCAAAUACAUAUUAAUGUUGUUUUUUUGGCUUCUUCAUACUUUUAUAAUCCUCAAUUCAUUGUAAAAGUAAUUGUUUUGUUUGAAAUUGUGGACAAAAUUUCAAUUUGGGAGCCUCCAUGGGGGAAACCCCCCGCAAAUAGUGACAGUUGGCAGGUAUGUAAAUUGCAAGGGUAACCAUGGUAACCAUGUCAUAAACGUGCAAUAUAGUUGUUUUACAAUCAAAAUGUCUUAGUUUAUAUAGAUUCUGUUGACAGAUAAAUAUCAAUGCUUAAAGUGAUAAACAAGAUCAACUCUCCAUUAAACAGUGCAAUGACAAACUUUUAAAAGCUUUCCAAUGUCAAAUGUAGAAUGCUUUGAAUUUAUUUGAAUUUGUCACCAGAAAACAUUAUACAUUUUUGAUGGUACAUUGAAAUAUACCAAAUUAUAUUUGGUUCCCAGUAAUAUUAACAGAAACUUGUAGCAGUUUAUGUCUUUGAUGACAGCUUAUUCACAAUCAAUAAAAUUGACUUAAAGGAAAAUAAAACAGUGCAAAUUUUUAGUUUUUAAAAGAAAAACAGUCCUGUGUAAUACCAUAACUAUUUUUAAAAAACAUAUUUUGAAGACCGAUUAGUGGCCUUCGGUUGCUGUCAGCUCUUUGGUUGGGUUAUUGUCUCUUUGACAUAUUCCAAAUUUCCCUUCUCGGUUUUAUUGUUGUCAAAGACAUGAACUGCACACUUUCUAAAAUAUUCAUUUAUUCAACUCCCCCUUUUUAUUUUACUUGAAAUCCGAUUCAUUCUAGAGAGGUUUAUAUUUGUUAGAAUAAUGAUAUACAUUUAUUUUGUUUAUUUAAUUAAAUUAUUUUUAAACUGCAAUAUAACUAUCAUCAGUGGCCAAAGUUGAUCAUGUAGAUUUAUAUAUUUAUUUAUAGAGUACGAGGUAAUAUGCAUAAUUAAUACAUUAACAGGAUUCUAUCUUCUCAUAUAUCUAUAAAAGGCACGCAGAUAGAUAAACUCAGACUGUCUAGCAAUUAAAUUUAUAUCAUGUAAUCUAUUGUG